AUGUAUGUUGAGGCGGAAAUUUUUUGUGAUGGACCUUAUGCUGCUCUUGAUUGGCCUAAGGACAAAGAACCAGAACAUUGUCUCCAUAUUGAUAAUCGAUAUACAUAUUUAAAUCUUACGGUUAGUGCUCCGAAGAACCCACAAGCAAUCGGCAAGUUGGAAUUUAAGGAUGAUAAUGGCGACCGUGAAUAUUUUUUUUACGAACCUUUAUGGGUUAAUGAGCAGA